AUGACAGAUCUUGGAUUGAUGACUUUUUUUCUUGGAAUGGAAAUCAAACAGAAUGAACAUGAAGUCUUCAUUUGUCAAAAGAAAUAUGCCAAGGAGAUUCUGAAGAAGUUUAAACUCAAAGAAUGUAAAGAAAUGAGGAUACCAAUGAACUCAAAAGAAAAGCUCUGUAAAGAAGAUGGAACAGAGAAUAUUGAUCAGGCAUAUUUCAGAAGCCUGAUUGGUUGCUUAAUGUUUCUCACAGCAACUCGGCCUGACAUUUUGAAUGCUAUAAGCAUUUUGUCUCGGUUUAUGCAUUGUGCAAGUGAAUGGCAUCUCAAGGCUGCAAAGAGGGUGCUUAGAUAUGUGAAAGGCACAAGUGAUUUUGGCAUUAAAUACACAAAGAGCAAAGAGUUCAAGCUGGUUGGUUUCUCAGACAGUGAUUGGGGAGGUUCCAUUGAUGAUAUGAAGAGCACUUCAGGCUAUUGUUUCACACUUGAUUCUGGUGUUUUCUCAUGGAGCUCGAAAAAACAAGAAAUUGUAGCUCAAUCCACAGCUGAAGCAGAGUUUAUUACUGCAACAGCUGCUGUUAAUCAAGCUUUGUGGCUAAGGAAGAUUUUAAUCGAUCUUAACUUAGAGUAG